UGUCCUACUCGUACUCAUUCUACGCAUGUCUCUUCUCGAGUAUUGAAUGGACGGCUAGUUCGCAGGGAUUUUCUAUUACAGACAGUCCUCUUUGGCGAACUUAUUGAUUUUCAUAGUGCUAAAUAUGUAACCUCCUUGGUUAUACGUGUUGUGGUCAAGUGAUUUUAAAAUAAUAAAAAAACAGUGCCUUUCGCGUGUGUUUAUAUUCAUAAAAUCGAUUUUUGGCUGGUGACAAGAAGCUGUGUCAGACGAUUGGUGGAAAAGAGACAGAAAAUAAGUUGCUGUUACAGAUAAGCGAAGCCGAGCAAGUGUCGGACUUUGAAAGGAUUCUUAAUUCUAAUGCAAUACUGUGCGAGCGAGCCCGCGGACACGUGUGGCGAAGCAGCGUUGCCGCGCACACCCCUUCGGCUUCACUACUUUCAAGACCUCGCUUUACUUACUCUUUACGAGCUGUGAGUCAAGCGUAUCAAAAUCUUUUUCAUCAGCACGAAGAAUCACUUCAGGAACUUAUCGACCGCCACCGUCAAGAAACGUCGGAUAAACAUAAACAGCAAACAACGACGAGCUUACUAGAAAACAGUUGGUACGAAAACCUACAAGGUCUUUCCGAAUUUUACGAAGACGAUCCAGCAUUGCAAAAAGAAAUAGAAACAAUCACAGAUCGUAUUAUAGCGGAUGAAGCUCGUGGUGUCGAGGGCGGACAAGUGACGACGCGAAGCAAUUUUAAUGUUAACUUAGCCGGGUUAAUAAGUUUACAUGUAAACGGAGAAGGAGUUUCACCAACUUUUCGUGACGACCUAGGUCCAUCACCUGAAGUAGAGAGAAUUGAAGGCUGCGAUGAAAAGGAAUGGCUCGAUCUGAGUAUGAGUGGAAACUCUGACAAAUAUUCGAAGGACACUAGUGAUUCAGGCGUAGAUUGCUUAGCACAACAUUUGAACACAAUCCAGAUUGAUUGCGAUGGGAAGGUGCCUACGAUAACAUUCAGCAAUUGUUGUGACGGUCGCUCGCAGGCUAAUAUACCUAACAAUUCCGAGGUCAUUAUUCAUCUCGCCCCGCCCUCCAUUGAAAGCGUUGACGAGGCACGGCCGCCUAUGAUGUGACUACGGCAUUGUAACGUCUGAUUAAAUUGUUACACAGUACGAUCGAGUUUCAUUGUCGCUUUUUAACAUUAAUUGACGAUCAUGAUUGCAAUUGAAUCUGAACAGCCGUUGACAAAAGAGGAGCGAGUGCCUAAAGUUGAACCGACGACCUCACAGAGAACCCUUACACGGUCUAGUGCCGUAAGCCAAAAAUCAGUAGACUUAGUCGUACAUCCGGAGAGCUCAAACAACCCUCUACAUAGAUCAAAAUUAGCUCCUACUCGAUCAUCAUCGGAGUCAUCGUCGGGAAAAAAGAUGCUUAAUUUGAGAAAAACCAAGAAUUCUUCAAUAGAAUCAACCAUGAGCUUACCAAACCAGAAAUCUUUGGAGAAGAAACACGGUAGUCUUCGACAUCAGAAAUCUAUUGGGGCUCAUUCGGAUAUAACUUUAAGCACACAGCCUACGAUGUCAGACGACAGGAAAGCUCUAAGGGAAGCCUUGUAUCAGGGUAUAUUUCAUAGACACAGGAGAACGAUUUUCGCAGUGGGAUCUUUCCUUAGAAUGCUGAGAAGCAAAACGUCCAAUUACGAUUCGAUUAGAUCUGAUUCGGACGAGAUUUAGCAGUCCUAAGCUAGUUCUAGUGAUUGUUAACGUAGGUAGUGAUACCACAGACUGCAAAUGUGCUUUUUAAAAGUUAUAAAAAUACAAUGUUAUUAGAUUUAGUAAUUUGUGAUAAGAUUCUUGUUUUAUAUUAAAAUGUUCCUAAUUAGAUUUGAUGAGGUUUUUAUUGUUACAAACCCUGCUUGAAACCCCAAUAAUUCGGUAUAUCAAAUUGUAUUAACACGAAUGUAACGUAUGCAAGAUAUUAUAAACAAAAGUGUGCCAAAACACUGAUCUAUCUCAUCAAGCUUAAUUGGUCAAAAAUGCUUAAACAUAAAAAGUUUUGUGUAGCAAUGUAAGUCAAAUUAUAAGUGCUGUUAGUUUUCUAUUACUAAGUCGCGUGACAAUACACAAGGACGUAUUAUGUUCCUGAUUACCUUGACUCUAUAAUAAAAAAAAAAAACAUUCGUUACGUUCAGAUUUUUUCGACUUAAACAGUUUAUGGUCGUAUUACAUUUAUGCUUACGAAGUUUUUAUUCUUUAAACGUUUCUAAUAUAACUUGAUAUUAUUAUUAACCAUUGUAUUCUAAUUUUAAAAAUGAUCGUUUUUAUUCGGCUAGUUGUACAAUAUUUUAAAAAUUAUUUAGAAAAUAAAUUUUAUUCUUAUGUGUUGCCUUUUGCAAGAGUGAUGCUAUAAUAAUAACGAACAUAGAGCUUAAAAUGUACGUAGUUUAAAUAAUAUACUACAUUGCAAUCGAUUUUUUUAAUUUUUAUGUACAGCAACACCCUAAAUUUCAAUGAAUAUAAUAUUAUCUUCGAAGUUUAAAAAAGUCCGCAGUAACUGACAGUUUAUUUAAAUUGAAGAUUUUUUUUGACUAAUUGUUGCUCUAUGUAAAAAUUAAAAUACUUUGAGUAGAUUAACAGUUAUUUUGCAAUGAUCGUGAUUUACAUUAUAAUAUCGAAUAGUGUAUAAACAAAGGAGAUUGUUGAACACAUUUUUGGAACAUUUUAUGCACUUUUAUAUAUUUGUACAUCUGAUGUUUUGUAUACCAUGCUGUUAUUAAUAAUAAAAUUAAAUAUAUAAUAUACAUACAUAUAUAUAUAUAUAUAUAAAGCCGGAACCAUAUUGCUUAAAUAUUUUUGUCACUUAAAAUGUAUUUAAUAUAGCGGAAAAUUUUAUUUUCAAAAAUGUUGCUGUCAUCGUAUUCUAAAAUACUUUAUUUCAAUUUCAUGUUAAAAUUUGCCGUAACACGCUGACGUCUUACCAUUUUUUUUAUUCAAACAAAAACAACAGUUUAUUUUUUAAUUUUAUUGUCAUGAUAUCUUUACAUUCAGCCAACAUGAACAUUAAUAUAUAUAUUAAUCUACACUUUAUAUGUAUAUAAUUGUAUAUAGAGUACAUAAACGAGCUUCGUGUUUUUAUUGAAUUAAAUAGCUUUUUACCGAACGUAGAUUUAGGAGUAGUGUUUAUUAUUUUAUUUUAGCAAUGGUUAAUUUUUAAAAUUGUAUUUCCAUUUAUAUACGUAAUUAAGCCAGCUGUACAUUAUCGUUUAAUAGUGUCAAUCUAAUGUCCAUUGUGUAUUACGUAUUUGCGAAAAAUAUUCGUAACUUAAUUUAUGACCUUCAACAUUAAAAAUUGUAUUCAUUCCAAAACUGUUACGAAAACUUUACAAAUAAAUUAUGAUUAUGUAUAUUUUGUUAAAAACAUAUAUUUUUUUGUAUAACAUCUUUAUUAAAAUUUAUGUAGCAAUUUUAAUGUUAUACGUUUUCAAGGAUUAUGUAUGGCUAGAUACAUACAUGCUUAGAUUAUUUAUAUAUAUGGGCAGUGUCACACUACAAAAAAAAAACUAAAUCAAAUGAGACAACUUUAUUAUCUUGGUGUCCGUGACAGCUACGCUUGAAACUCGCCAAACGUCAUAUUACUUUACUAGUGUGUGUUUAGUCACACAAACACACACUCGUAAACGCGUUCUCAUCUAUGUAGACAUAUAAAUAAUCAAAGCCUCUAUGGUUCUUUCUUUUUUUAAUCUGUGUUUUCGAUGGACAUUAGGACUUAAGAUUACAUCAUUGUGUUAAAUAAGGAACCAAAAAUAAUAAUAAGUUGUUUAAACGGUAAGUGAUUGUUUUUGUAGGGUUUUUAAUGUACUCGAUUUAUUUGAAACAUUCCUAUAAAUAAUAAUUUUAUAAAAAAAAACACUGUCCGAAAAGAAUUUAGAAAAAAAAAAUAAGACUGCAUAAUUUAAAAAUAGCAGAUUAAAAAAAUAAAAAUGUAAAAAAGGUUUCAGUUUAACAACUUACCGGCGUAAUUAAAAUUGUUUUUAUUAUAUAUAUAA